UUCCAGUGUAAAUAUAAGAUUAGAUUGUAUCUAAGUUGACUAAAGCCAUUUGGCUACACAUUGUGAGAAAUUCUUAAUGUGAGAAUUUUUUAAACUUUUAAUAGAGUUUAUUUCACAUAAUUCUAACCUUUUUCUAUUGCUUAUUUAGUUUUUUUAAGUUAAUGAGCACAGGAUAUAAUCAAUAACAUAUAGUAUAUAUGGAUAUGGGUAUGUUUUUGUUCUCAGAAAACCUGUUUUAGUUAAAAAGAUUUUGUACAUUUUUACAGAAUAAUCUUGUAUUCUCCUUUUUAAAAUUGUUUUUUAGAAAAACUGAAUAGAGUAUAAGAAGUGAAAUGUCCCCUUUCUAUACCCAGCCUCCACAUUACAUUCCGUACAAGUAAUCACUGUUAUGUGUAACCUUCUAAUCUUUUAAAAAUAUAACAGUCAGUAUAUUGUUAUAUAUUGUUAUUGCCUCAUGUGUGUAGAGUAGAACUGCUCCAUAGGGUUUCCAAGGCUGUGAUCUUUCAGGAGCAGAUCACCUGGCCUGUUUUCCGAGGCACGUCUGGGUGGGUUCAAACUGCCAUCCUUUGGCUGGUAGUCGAGCGCUUAACCAUUUGCACCAUCCAGGGACUCCAGAGUCAGUAUAGUUAGGCAUUAAAAUAAAGUCAUGAGAAAAACAGCAAAUACAACCUUUUCAUUUGUUGUGCUGAUCUUAAUGUUAUUUUUAAGGAAACUCGUCAAACAGAUUUACUUUAAGAAGCUAGCGAUUACUGACUUUUCUGCAAACAAAAAUUGUUUUUAUUGGCCAGGGAUAAAAUUAGAUUGCCAGUGACUUCAUUUUGAAAUUUUAGGGGAAAGGAAAUAGGAUAUGGUUUGUUUUGAGUGUUAGAGUAAAUAAGAUGACAGACAUUUUAGUAUUUUCUUUUCACGUUGGCCAUCUAGAGAAAUGUUUUCAAUUUUCUUUUUAAACCCAGGUCCUGGGUUUAAAAAACCUAUUUUGUAAAGAUAAAAGUACCAGUUUCCCCAUUCACCCCCAGAGUUCUGAUAUGCAACCUGUAUCAGUCAGAGUUCAGUCAGGAAAACAGAAGCCCUUCUAGGUUUUCCAAGUGUGAAGGACUUUAAUAUAGGGAUUUAGAGGUGUGUACAACUAUUGGAAGGGCUGGGUGAGCCAAGGUCAGGGAAGCUGCCACAGAUCAUCUCCACCUGUAGCUGGUGGUUCUCAUUGUCAAGAGCUCACCUGGAUGUGCUGUCAUUCUCACAUCUGCCACCUGUCUGCUUACGGGAUUGCCUGCAUCCGCAGUCUUCUCAUACUUAUCCACCUUCUAGAUUCAGUGGAAGCAGGAGAGAAGAUUGUGAAGACAGCAUUAGAUGCUUUUGGAAGAAUAGAUAUCGUGGUCAACAAUGCUGGGAUUCUGCGGGAUCGUUCCUUUGCUAGGAUAAGUGAUGAAGACUGGGAUCUAAUCCAUAGAGUUCAUUUGCGGGGCUCGUUCCAAGUGACCCGGGCAGCAUGGGAUCACAUGAAGAAACAGAAUUAUGGAAGGAUCAUUAUGACUUCAUCAGCUUCAGGAAUAUAUGGCAACUUCGGCCAGGCAAAUUAUGGUGCUGCAAAGCUGGGUCUUCUGGGCCUGUCAAAUACUCUUGCUGUUGAAGGCAGGAAAAACAACAUUCACUGUAACACUAUUGCCCCUACUGCAGGAUCACGGAUGACUAAGACUAUUUUGCCGGAAGAUGUUCUAGAAGGCCUGAAGCCAGAUUAUGUGGCACCUCUGGUCCUUUGGCUUUGCCACGAGAGUUGUGAGGAAAAUGGUAGCUUGUUUGAGGUGGGAGCAGGAUGGAUUGGAAAAUUACGCUGGGAGCGGACUCUUGGAGCCAUUGUAAGGCAAAAGAAUCAGCCAAUGACUCCUGAGGCAGUAAAGGCUAACUGGGCAAAGAUCUGUGACUUUGAUAAUACCAGCACGCCUCAGAGUAUACAAGAAUCAACUGGAAGUAUAAUUGGAGUUCUAAGUAAAAUAGAUUCAGGAGGAGUUUCGACAAAUCAUACCAGUCAUACAGCAUCAACAACCACAUCAGGAUUUGAUGGAGCUAUUGGCCAUCAACUUCCUCCGUUUUCUUCUGCUUAUACUGAACUGGAAGCUAUUAUGUAUGCCCUUGGAGUGGGAGCAUCAGUCAAGGAUCCAAAAGAUUUGAAAUUUAUUUAUGAAGGAAGUUCUGAUUUCACCUGUUUGCCUACCUUUGCAGUUACCUUAGCUCAGAAAUUUAUGGCGAGUGGAGCUCUAGCAGAGAUUCCAGGGCUUUCAAUCAGCUUAGCAAAGAGUCUUCAUGGGGAGCAAUACUUGGAGUUAUAUAAACCACUUCCCAGAACAGGAAAAUUAAGGUGUGAAGCACAUGUUGCUGAUGUCCUAGAUAAAGGAUCUGGUUUAUUAAUUCUUCUAGAUGUCUAUUCAUAUUCUGAGAAGGAACUUAUAUGUUAUAGUCAGUUCUCUAUCUUCGUUGUUGGCUCUGGAGGGUUUGGUGGAAAACGAUCAUCAGACAAAGUCAAGGAAGCGGCAGCCAUACCUAAUAGACCUCCUGAUGCUAUACUUACAGAUACCACCUCACUUAAUCAGGCUGCUUUGUACCGCCUCAGUGGAGACUGGAAUCCUUUACACAUUGAUCCUAAUUUUGCUAACCUAGCAGGUUUUGACAAGCCCAUAUUACAUGGAUUAUGCACUUUUGGAUUUUCUGCCAGGCAUGUUUUAAAGCAGUUUGCAGAUAAUGAUGCAUCCAGAUUCAAGGCAAUUAAGGUUCGUUUUGUAAAACCAGUAUAUCCAGGUCAAACUCUACAAACUGAGAUGUGGAAGGAAGGAAACAGAAUCCAUUUUCAAACUAAGAACAAAGAAACUGGAGAUAUUGUCAUUUCAAAUGCAUAUGUAGAUCUUGUGACAACAUCUGAAGCAUCUGAUAUUUCAGCUCAGACAACCUCUGAGGGCGGGGAGCUUCAGAGUACCCUCGUGUUUGAGGAAAUAAGUCGCCGCCUUAAGGAUGUUGGGCAUGAGGUGGUAAAGAAAGUAAAGGCUGUAUUUGAGUGGCAUAUCACUAAAGGUGGAAAUGUUGCAGCUAAAUGGACCAUUGAUCUAAAAAAUGGUUCUGGAAAAACAUAUCAAGGCCCUGCAGAAGGCUCUGCUGAUAUAACCAUCAUAAUUUCAGAUGAAGAUUUCAUGCAGGUGGUCCUGGGCAAGCUUGACCCUCAAAAGGCAUUCUUUAAUGGCCGACUGAAGGCAACAGGGAACAUCUUGCUGAGCCAGAAACUUCAGAUGAUUCUUAAAGACUACGCCAAGCUGUGAAGGGCACACUGGAUUAAUAAAAAUAGAAGAAUUAAACUCUCUUCACCAAAAUAUACUUGAUUAUUCAGCAAAAGCGAUCAAAACUAAGAUACAGGGGAAGUUGCUUAACAUUUUCAGAUUUCAGAUAACUUUUCAGAUUUUCAUUUUCUACUAAUUUUUCAUGUAUCAUUUUUACAAGGAAUUGUAAGCUAGCACGUAAUUAUGCUUCUGUUCUUAAAACUAUAUCUUCAUAAUAAAAAAUUUUUAUCCAAGUUCAGUAUCCUUAGAAUUUAUGAUAACAUUUGUAAGUUGAAAGGAGAAUUAAAUGAGUAAAAUCCAU